CAAACUUUUAUUCUUUCUGAAAAAUAAAAACUGGAUUAAUGGAUUUGAUUAAAGCAUCAUCAAGCUUGCAACCAUGGCGAAUUCCUUCAUCACCGCCACUUCUCACCAUUUCUAGGUCUAGAAAUUCUUUCUAUGCCCCUCUUCGCUCUACAAUCAAAUUCUCUUCUCAAUUUUGCACCUUUCCAUAUACUUCGAUAAAGCCCCUUGGUAUAAUUCUCCAUAGCAAGAAGAAAAAUUCUGAUUCAGAACCCAUUGUAGAACCCACCAUUGUCCAAGAAGUAUCAGCAGAUGAAGAAGAAGAAGAAGUUGAUGAUGAUGAUGAAGAAUUUGAAUACGAGACAGAAAUUGAUGAGGAAUUCGAAAAUGAUAGUGACGCUGGCGGCGAGUAUUUUGACGAGGAAGAGGGUUAUGAGGAGGAGGAAGAGGAUAGUGUGCCCUAUGCAGGUGAUGGUGGUGGAGGUGGUGGAAUCGCACUCGCCGGAACAUGGUGGGAUAAGAAAGCAUUAGCUAUUGCUAAAGAGGUUACUUUGUCUUUUGAUGGUGACUUGCAAAUUUAUGCUUUUAAAACUUUGGUUAAUUCCACUAUUCGAGUGCGCAUUGAGAAGCUUUCCAACAAAUCUGGCUCCCCCACCAUGGAAGACAUUGAAGCCUUUUCUAAAACAUACAGAGCAAAAUUGGAUGAAGCGGAACUUGCCAAAUUCGUUCCUGAGAAUUUAAAUUUGGAGGUCUCUUCUCCAGGUGUUGAAAGAAUAGUUCGGAUUCCAGAUGAUCUAGAUCGAUUCAAGGAGAGAGCUAUGUAUGUGAAAUAUGUCAUUGAUGAUGAUUCAAAUAAUCCAUCUGCAGAAGGUGAUGGUGUCUUCAAGCUUGAAUCCUUCGACGUGGAAACAAAAUAUUGCACCUGGAGUUUAGCAGACGUAAGAUUCAACAGAGAGAAAGCAGGGAAAGGAAGACAGUUGAAUAAAAAGCAAAGAGAAUGGCGUUUAAGUACUCCCUUUCAUUCAUUACUUUUUGUACGAUUGCAUUCCGAUGCUUAAAUAAUUUAUUUUCCUUGACAGUUAAAUCUCCAUCUUCAUUUAUGUAUGUGUCUGCAUAUGUACUUUCAGGUAUGGAUCUCCAUUUUGUUUGUUAUUUUGUUAAUAUAUAUAACUAAUUUUAUGGAUUUA